GUGAGGGAAGAGGGGGCAGGCCAGGGGGGUAGGGGUCCAGGGGGUGGGGGCGGGAAGGGGGGCAAGGGAAAAGGGCCGGGGUCUCGUAGGAGAGUUUUUGGACCAAGGGAGUAUUCAGCCCUGAGGAAAGCCAGUCACUGCCAGAGUACGUGAGCUGAGCCACCCACCCACUCAGGAGGCCGGGGCGAGAGGGAUUACCAGCUCCACCAAUGGGGAGGGAGGACGCAGCGGGUGGUGCCGAAGAUUGGCAAAUAGACGGUGGGGGCGGUAUCUAAAAAAGUACCUCCCCCUCUGCCAAAGCUUAGACCGGAAAUAUGGAGGAAAGGAGGAGGAGAGGGAGGAGCCCGCCGAAGAGGGCGUGGCUCGGCAAUGAUGGCGGGAGAAAGAAGCUGGUUAGGGCCCACCUUUGGCGGGGAGGGGGAGAGAGACGGGGGCGGACGGAGAGAUAGCUAGAUGUGGGACAAUGAAUCCAUAGUUAACGCACCUCGUUGGUGUCAACCCCAUCCACAGCCUUUUUCCUUUGCGGGAAGGCCAAGAAGCCUCAAGACCAGAAUCUCGCCAUGUCUAUUGUCAAGAUCCAUGCCAGGGAGAUUUUUGACUCUCGUGGGAACCCCACAGUUGAGGUUGAUCUCCACACUGAAAAAGGUCUCUUCCGAGCCGCUGUGCCCAGUGGUGCCUCUACUGGCGUCUAUGAAGCCUUAGAACUCCGAGAUGGUGAUAAGAGCCGCUUCCUAGGGAAAGGUGUCUCAAAAGCUGUUGAGUUUAUUAACCAAACUAUUGGCCCAGCCCUGGUUAACAAGAAACUUAGUGUCCUGGAGCAGGAGAAAAUCGACCACCUGAUGUUGAGCAUGGAUGGCACUGAGAAUAAAAGUAAAUUUGGUGCAAAUGCCAUACUUGGAGUGUCUCUGGCUGUUUGCAAGGCUGGAGCUGCUGAGAGAGGUGUCCCCUUGUACCGCCAUAUUGCUGACCUAGCUUGUAAAGAAGAGAUCAUUCUACCUGUACCCGCCUUCAAUGUGAUCAAUGGCGGCUCCCAUGCUGGUAACAAGCUGGCCAUGCAGGAGUUCAUGAUCCUCCCGAUAGGAGCCAAGACUUUCAGGGAGGCCAUGCGCAUUGGCACUGAGGUCUACCACAACCUGAAGAUUGUGAUUAAGGAGAAGUUUGGGCAGAAUGCCACCAGCGUUGGGGAUGAAGGCGGCUUUGCUCCUAACAUCCUGGAGAAUAAAGAAGCUCUUGAGCUGCUAAAAGAAGCGAUUGCUAAGGCUGGCUACACCGAGCAAGUUGUCAUUGGCAUGGAUGUGGCUGCCUCGGAGUUUUACAGGGAUGGAAAGUACGACCUGGAUUUCAAGUCUCCUGAUGACCCCAGCAGACACAUCACUUCAGAGGAUCUGAGCAAGCUCUACAAGUCCUUUAUCCAGGAUUACCCAGUGGUAUCUAUUGAAGAUCCCUUUGACCAGGACGAUUGGGAAGCUUGGAAGGAUUUCACUGCUUCCGUAGGCAUCCAGGUGGUAGGGGAUGAUCUCACAGUGACCAAUCCCAAGCGCGUCAAAAAGGCCAUCAGGGAAAAAGCCUGCAACUGUCUCCUGCUCAAAGUGAACCAGAUUGGCACGGUCACAGAAUCGAUCCAGGCGUGCAGAAUGGCCCAGUCUAGUGGCUGGGGAGUAAUGGUUUCCCAUCGUUCUGGGGAGACCGAAGAUCCCUUCAUUGCAGACCUUGCAGUGGGCCUUUGCAGCGGGCAGAUUAAGACUGGUGCCCCUUGCCGAUCCGAGCGUCUGGCCAAAUAUAAUCAGCUUCUCAGAAUUGAAGAACAUCUGGGCAACCGGGCUAAAUUCGCUGGUAGGGACUUCAGAAAACCCGGUACAAUUUGCCAGACUGAUAGAUCUCCCGCAGUCACCACCCUAGCAGUUUUUAUGUGCCAUGUCAGAAGCCACCGGUAACCCACGGGAAAGACACGGCUGUACCUCUGGAGGGACGGGGUCCUACUGGGCUAAUAAAUCAUCUUUCUACCCCUU